CAUGUUUUAACCGUCACAAUCACUCUGCUUAUAUAAACGAAGGCGAUAUGUGAUAAUUCAUCAACCAAAACAAAAGCAAAAAAAAACACAAGUGGAAACUUUAAAACAAAGAUAGAAAAAUGGCGACGUCGGGAACAUACGUGACGGAGGUUCCGUUGAAAGGAGCAGCGGAGAAACACUACAAGAAGUGGAAGAGCGAGAACCACAUCUUCCCUGACGCCAUCGGCCACCACAUCAAAAAUGUCACCGUCCACGAGGGAGAAUCUGACUCUCACGGAUCCAUCAGGAGUUGGAACUACACAUGGGAUGGAAAGGAAGAGGUAUUCAAGGAGAAGAGAGAGGUAGACGAUGAGAACUUAACAUUGGCUUUAAGAGGACUUGAGGGUCACGUGAUGGAGCAGCUCAAGGUGUUUGAUGUCAUCUACCAAUUUAUCCCCAAAACUGAGGAUACCAGCUCCUGCAAAAUCACUAUAAUAUGGGAGAAGCGCAAAGAUGAGUACCCUGAACCCAGCACCUACAUGAAAUUCAACAAGAGCUUGAUCGUUGACAUGGGCCACCACGCCAGCAAAGCUUAAUCGUCAUCACCAUCGAUCAUCAUCACCAUCCUCAUCACAAUCAUGCACCAUCAUCACUAUAUAUCUCUAUUUACUUAUUAAACAGGUUUCAAAAUAAUAAUCAAUAAAUGGGGGUCUUGUACGUGGCGUUUCAAUUAUAUGUAAUUGGUUGGCUUUUGUAAGAUGGUUUAAUUUGUUGUUAUGGUCAUCAUCGAGUUCGAUGUGAUCACUAUGAAUAAUGUAUGUUGUUCACCUAUCUACAUUUUUCUGUCUUUUACUGAGUUAAUGGUGCAAAUGGUUGUUACUACAAAAACAGUUAAAUAAAGAUUAACGGAUCCAUCUAAUCUUGAUUUCACUAGAGGUAUAGAUGAUAGGUAUUGUAACAAAACCAUGUUUGGUGUAUCUACUUAUUAUUUUCUAUCAUGGCCAAUUAAUCUGGCUCCAAAGAGUGUUAUUAGUUGUACAAGAUGAAGUCAAGUUUAUUAGAUUUUAAUUAUUGAUUUAUUUUAAAAUUUACGAUCUAUAAUUUAUUUAAAAUUUUAAAUCUGCAUCAAUGCAUUUAUAAAAAUCAGCCGGAUCCACAUUAGAACACUGGAUUAUGUUUUUUUUAUAUAGCUUAGUAGCUUACUAAGUGAAAAAAGCUAAUCUAUUAAUGUAAUGGCAAGAAUGAAAUGUUUUGUGUGCAUUGUUUAUUUGAAUUUCUGGAUGUUAUAUAGAUCAGACAUCUUAGCUUAAACAUUAAACUGUUGUUAUGCAAGUUUCUGGAUGUUAUGGUUUAUUUCUUUGUCCUUGGUGAUAUAGAUGCAAAGCUGUUGAAUAAUUUAUGUAUAUCAUAACUUGUUUAUUAGUUUAUUGUUCUUCAUCAAAAAUUAAUUACUUAAGUGUUGUUGCAUUGUGUUCUAACCAAGCAAGGUGUAGUAAUAGUUAACAUGAAGAGGAUGGAGAAAACAAAAGCAAAUCUUUCAAAUUCCUUUAGCUGGUUUGAAUCUUAUAUUUCAUCUUCCUCGAAAGGGUCUCUUUCAGGAUAAUCACCAAACUGCAAGUCACAUAAAACUCAUGAGUAUCAGAAACUGUGGCUUACAACUUCAAUCUAUGCAUCCAACUAACUACUUUACCGUGAAUGUGGUAAAGAACCUAGUCCACGGCCCUAGAGCCCAAUAUAGUAGAAUUCAACUAAAACUUAGCUUGAGAGUAAUACAUAUCCUUAGGCCUAUAAUCAACUACUCUUAUAGCUGACCAAUGUGGACUCCUCCAGACUCUUACUAAACUAACAUCGUGGAAAGGGAAAUUUGCAUUGACAUCGGAUCAUGUCAAGAAACGACUAAUCGAGUUCGAUUCUAUGAAGUGCAACAGGCCAUUUCACUCUAAUGCUACAGAGAAAAAUAAAUUACCUUAACUUAAUUUGUCUGGCAGGACCCCACCAUCAUGAAACGGAGGGCACUCAAAUAAUCUUGUCCCUUUCACCCUGCAUAUAUAAGCCAGUAUUAAGCACGUGGAUCUAACAACCGAGCUAAGGCAUAUUGUACGUUUGAUAAGAAAAUCAUGAUGUUGAGCUUAUGCAAGACUAAGAACCUCUUUGAGGUUUUACUAGCACAGAAACACAUGAGCUGCAAGUGGAACCAAAGUUCGAGAGCAAGAAAACACUUCUCUGCUUUAAAAGUGUGAAGGAGUUUAAACUUAAUGAUAACUAUAAAAUAGGAAAGAGUUAACAUACAUGCCAUCGUGUUUGCCAAGGGGUUCAUCAUACUAGAUCUCUUUGUUUCUCCCACCUUAAUAUUUUUUUGACAUCAAGGAAAAAAAUAAAUUAGAAGCACAAUACAAAGAGAUCUGGUCUCACAAAAUAACAAGACAGGGAGAAGUCUUUAAACACACAAAAUAAAAGAAUCUGACUCACCUUGAUAUUUGCACAAAGAUCUUCCAUGAAGUCUUCAUUCAUCUGGUGAAACGAUUAAACGAUCAUAUUUGCCACUAAUUAUACCAAAAAAGUUUUAACAAUAAGCAAAAUUACAGUUACCUUAACUUCAGAAGCAGCUGGAUUUUGAGACACUCUUUUUUCUUUCAACUUCCUAAAACUGUCUGGUAUGUGAACACAAACAACAUAUCAACAUAACUUGUCUCUUCUGAAACACCAACUCUAGGCAGUAGAAAACUUACCAGUUCGUUUAGCAUAGUAUCCUUAUCUGAGAUGUUAUACGUCUCAACCAAUGAGGUAUCUUCAAGCCAGCCUCCAGUUGUGACCGAGGAGGGAUCAAGAUCCACUAUAUGCAACCAAAACCUUGAGAAAGCACCACAAAAGAACAAUCAGAUGGAGUGAUAAAACAAUAAGCCAUACGUUUCACUAAAUGCAUCUAUCAAGAUCACAGUAAACAGAGGUUUACUGAGUCAAAUUGGCUCCAGUUUACCCAUCAAAGGGGGGAGUAGAAACCGAGAGGUCUUGAAUCAUCACUAAGAGCUGCAACCUUGGAGCCACUUUCAUCAUAGAGCUCUAAAGCCAUAUAUAGCAUUAACAGACGUCCCACAUUUCUUCCACAUUCAUCGUCUCCUUCCAUCUGUAACCGCGAAGCCGCCAUCUUUCCACCCUCUAGACCUGACAAAACUACCUUGUCGGAAAUCGAGUUAAUGUGGGAGAGAGAGUUUUUCGACAGAAGCGGAAGUAAGUUCAAGCGGAAAGAUCUUUUGUCUGUUUCAAUGUUUUUAAAGCCGAACCGGAAAAGUUCCUAAUCAUGGUUUAUUUUUUCCGGUUAUAUGCGGUUUUUAGCCGGUUUGGUUUUCUUUAAUUUUUUUACCUUCCUUUCAUCAGAUUGUACUGAAAGAUCAAGUAUGUGAGCCGGUUACAGUACCUUUGGGACAAGAUUAAGAAAGGAGAGGUGGAAGUCCCUGACUUAAUGGUAGCAGAGUAACUGAAAUUUGAAAGUCCAAACAUUUUUGGUAUAUGAGAGAUAUAUACAAAGACUUUCAAUUCACUAAUUUGGUAUAUGAGAGAUAUAUACAAAGACUAUAUUAUGUUGACCAAGACAGUACAGGAAAUACUUUCACUAUUGACUGAUUACAUUGGCAAUAUAUUUUUAUUUGUCUCCAACCCACUAAUCACGUUGUAUAAAUAGUUGCUACACCUAUGAAUCAAAUCCAUAAUCAUCUCCCUUCAAAAUUAUAAGUAGGACAAUAUAAAAAAAAAAUGGGAAAAAUCUCAGCAGUUUUUGUCAUUCUUUUCCUGGUCUCAUCAUGCAUGGUAAAAGCGACUGUUACAUUGCCUUUGAUAAUAUGUCAAACAGACGAAGAUUGUCUGAAGGUUGGACUCCCAAAAUGUGAGGACACAGGGAAGAUGCCAAUUUGCCUCCACAAUUAUUGUGGCUGUCCCGAUAAAAGGCAUCAAGCUUCCCCCACUUCUUCAUCAGUGACCUCCAACUCUUGAUGAUCUUCGUAUACAUUCAUGUUGAUUUAAUAUAAUGAAAAGACAAUAUAUAUAUAUAUAUAUAUAUAAAACUCCAUCGUUAUUUUCU